AAUUCGAAAUUAGAGCAAAGGUGAAAAGUGUAAAACAAGAAGAAGAACAAGCAUCAAAGUAAGCCAGUGUAGCUCAAAAGAGACGGUAAGGACCAUAAACAGUUUGGCCAGUUGAAGAGUAAAAACGGCAUUGGAGCCGUGUAGACGCCAUGUUAAUGCCAACAUCGUGUGGACCGGGGCCACCGUUGCCCCCUCCACCACCACCGCCGCCGCCUCCGCCGCCGACAAUGUCAUUAGCAGCAGCCGAGCAGCGCACACUUGUGCUUGAGGCGCAGAAACAAGUGGAAAAAUGUGGCGAAAAUCGUUGGCGAAAACAGCAAGCGCUUAAAGCUUGCGGGUGUGAAACGCAAAUAAAUGAAAAAUUUCCAACAAGAACAACAAUGACGCAGCGUUUGGCUGGUGAAAAUUCGCUCGAUAAUACCAUAGCAGUGCAGUCAGCUAUGACACAGAGUGUGAGCGCUGUUGAUGACGAAGAUUUUUGCAUAACAACAACAACAACAACCGCAACAGCAAGAACAACAAAAAAUUCCGCAAUAAUUAUUGAGCAGAGUAACAAUGAUGAAUGCAAGAACAAUAACACCAACAACAACAACAGCUGGUCAAUUUUCCAAUUUCCCCCAGUAUUGCUGGCAACCGUAAUAGCUGCUGCAGCAGCAACAGCAAAAACAAAAGCAACAAAAAUAGUAAAUGGUAGAAAACCAAAUGACUUUGAAAUAGAAUUAGCCAAAAAGCAUGAACAAAUAACGCCAACGGCAUUGGCAGACAAGAAGAUGGCAACAGUUGGUGGAGUUGGAACAACAACAACCUCAACAACAACAACAACAACUGCAAUAGCAACAUCUAGAGCAAAUCAUGCAAAUUCGGUCAGCUUAAAAAGUAAAGCAGCUGUAGCAGUUACAACAACAGCAACAACAACACCAGCUACAAAAUGGCUUCUAAUGUGGCUAAUGCUUUUUACGGUAAUGGCCCAGGCGCCUCAACAUCAAGUGGCUGCCGAGAAGAGUAAACACUAUUACAUGCAAGCUCUCUGCAAGAAUCACUUCUUACAACAACUUUACCGUAAAAUCGAUGGCGCCGUACUUUGGUCGCAGAACGAACGUAAUCUGGAUUGCAUCAUAACAUUCCAAACGCAUUCGAUAUUGCAACGUUUCAUGUUACGUUUCGAUAUGUUGCAAUUGGACUGUAAUGAUCAUUUAUAUGUAUAUGAUGGAGCGCAUGCUGUAGCCACACCGAAGGUUGAUAUCUCCUGCCGUAAUACUAAACAAACUGUUAGCUCCAUAUUGACACGCACAAACUUUGUCACAUUGAAAUAUGUUACCGACAAUUGGGGUACAGAUGCGAAUGGUUUCAAGCUGGUCAUAACAUCAGUGAAGGAUCCAAAGCACACCUGCAAUGAUUUCACCUGUGCAGCGCGUGAAUUUUGCAUAAGUCCAGAUUUACUCUGCGAUGGCAUUAAUCAUUGUGGUGACAACUCUGAUGAAUCGGUGUGCCAAAGUGAAACAGCGGCCACAGUGUUUGGUGUCGAUAUGACUUGGUUCGUGUUGAUCGUGGUCGGCAUAGUACUAGUUUUGAGCGCAGUGAUUGUAGGCAUUUCGAUUUGUGUAUGUAGGCGACAGGAAGAGUCCAAUCUCAAUCAGAAUACUGCUAUACAAAUGCAUCAUACCGCCGAAACGAACGGUUCAUCGAAGCAUUUACACUAUCAUCAUGGCGGCACAUUGUCGCGUGAACACACACAACUGCCACCGACCUCGGGAAACUGGCAUCACCCUGCGGGACCAUACGGGUACCACCGCAUUCUACGCAACUUAUCGAAGAUGGCCACCAAAGUCCGUCCCAUUUGGUGCUUAGCAAAUUCCGUCAAUUAGGUCAAGAUCUUUCACAUACAAAUCCAAACGCUGCCGCCGUAACGGCGGGUCUCAAUCAAACGAACAUUUCUGUAGCCAAUCAAAAUGCAGCAGCCGCAGCAGCAGCGGCGGCAGCUGUUGGUGCUGCACAGAAAGAUGAAUGGUUCGUUUAGGUGGAUUUGGAAAUAGAACAUAACAACAACUUAAGUGAAUGAUCAAUUAGGACUGUUGAGGUUUAUUUUUCAUUUUUUUUUUUCUUAAUAAAAAAAAGGAUUUUGCAUGGCAUUAAAUGAAGACUGUAUAAAACUACAACAACAACAUAUUAAGUGGACAUCUACGCGCAGGGUGAUCGUUAAGAGAUUUAUAGUACCCAAAUCUCUUCGCGUUGA